AUGGACGAGCGGGCUUACCAUACGGGACAAGAGGUUCUACUUCCCGAGAUGGAUGCGCAAGGGAGGCGCAAGAGCAAUGAGGGCAAUGGGGGCAGGUCAGGGUUGAAUGUUUGGUCUGCGGAAAGACCGGUGCGAGCCGAGAGCAUAGCUUUCCUUCAAAUAUGGCGUGGUUCUCUAGCGUCUACGCAUCGCCCGCCCUUCUUCCUCCCUCCGCACUCGAGAGCCACGAGUCUCGCUGUCCGAGCGUGUCACCCGCGAAACCCGAACUCCCUGGCGGAUAGUUCUUCAAGAUGA